UGUCACACGACGCCCACAUAAGUAUGUGUAAGUCAAUUUUGACCAUAUUUUCGCUACUAUAUCCGUCUGUAAUUUAAAUUAGCUCCUUUGGGAUUACAACUAUUGAAGCACUAACCCUACUGCUGCUGCUAUUGUUACUAUAAUUACUAAUACUACUACUAUUACUAGCAGUAGAAGUAGUUUGUCGAAUAUGUUUACUCUCCAUUAUUGUAACAUAUUCUGAAUCGUCAACCUAACUGAUUUCUCAAUCUCAGUCUUGCAGAAAUAUUCAAAACCAAAAUUCAAGAUGGAAAUGUCAACCGCAAAGUUGUUAAUAUUUUCUUUGUCUUUUAUUGCAUGUUUCCCUGUUAAUGAAACGGCAAUAUGUACCUAUAAUGUGUGCUCGUUUCAUGACCCAUGCAAGAAUGGAGGAACCUGUAAACCAAAUAGUGAAUGCAAAGCAGCAUGCAUCUGUCCGCCGGAGGUCGAUGGAAAACAUUGUCAACAUAGAAAAUCACCCAAACGUUGUACAAAUGAAUGCACGCCAGACACAUGCCAUAAUCACGGCAACUGCACAUUUGAUACAGAAAGUUGCAAUAUGGAAUGCAAGUGUGAGUCUGGCUAUACAGGAAAAAAAUGUAAUCAUGAAAUGUGCGACGCAAUGGUUUGCGUUCAUGGUUCUUGUAAGAAAAUCAAUAAUGUGAGGUCUAAAUGUCAAUGUGAUGAUGGUUGGAUUGGAGAGACGUGUAAUAUAGGUUGUACCCGCAACUGUUUACAUGGAGAAUGUUUCCUACACCGUGGAGAGGAAAUAUGUGCCUGUGAGGGCCAUUAUAAGCCAGAUUCAAAUUGCACCGAAGAAGAAAUACCACCGACUACAGUAGAAGAAUGGGACAAGCGUUACUUGGGUUUCCUCGCCAUUCCAUUAUUAUUGUCCUUCGUCCUCGCAGUGUCGGUGUAUGUCAUGUGGAGAUACAGAUUCACGUUCAUUCUCAAGAUAAUCUACACAUUCCAGAAUUAUGAAGACCAUGAUGGUAAAGAGUAUGACGCUUUCAUCUCGUUCCGUUCUGCAACAUCGGAUGAAUAUUGGGUAUUUAACACACUGUUUCCCACCCUAGAGAAUGAAAUGGGUUUUAAAUUGUGUGUCCAUUUCAGAGACUUUCUUGUCGGUGAAACUAUUUGCAACAACAUAAUUAAUGCUGUAGAGAAGAGUAGACGAACAAUCCUAAUUCUGUCCCCUGAUUAUGUGAUCAGUGAAUGGACACGCAUGGAAUAUCAAGUUGCUCACCAGGAAAUGCUUAAGAAACGUCAAAAGAUCAUCCCAAUUAUAUUCCGUGACAUAAGUAUACAAGAACUGGACAAAAACCUUUCUUACAUCCUCAAGUCAAUCACCUAUUUGGAAUGGCCAGGGACCAGUGAACAAGAUAGUCCCAAACUUAGCAAAUUCUGGGAAAAAUUACGCUUAACGAUGCCGAAAAAACGAGAAAUGCUUAUUGAAGAUGACAAAAACACUCAAAAAGAUAGAGCAACUACUGUAGUGUAGGGUAUAUACAUGCAUAUGUAUGUGAGUAUGUAUAUAUUUGCAUCUAUCAUGCAUGUAUGUGCGUCUGUGUGUAAUAAUCUUUCUUUCCAUAGCAUAAUAUAUUUUUGAAAAAGAAAACAAUUUAACAUGAACACACAGUUUUCUGCUUUCUUUGAUGUUGUCAUUCUACACAAGAAUGACUUAAGAAUAACUGCAAUUCAGUACUGAGUAGACACACACCAAGAUGAACUGCCGAACGCAUCAAAAAAGACUUUGUCAUCAAAUUCAUUCUACAGAGCAAUUCGUUUGCCUGUAUGCUGAUCCAUUGAUCAGCAUACACGCAAAUAUGAGGAACGGCAAUGAGUACGAAGGUAGCCUCCACAUAUGCCAAUUUAGUCAACGGAUUCCCAUGAGCUGAAGAUUUACAACCAUUCCCUUCUUCUAUUCGGAGAUACAUUUCAUACACAACUUAAAAAUAACUGGAAAAGAUACUUGGACGAUUGCUUUAUCUUAUGACAGGAUAAUCUUGAUAUACUUACAGAAUUCAAAAAUAUGCUGAUCGACCUAAUCAGCGACUUCCAAUUCAUAAUGGAGUUUAACUCUAAGGAACUUUUCUUUCUAAAUAUCUCAAUCCCCAGCAGUGAUGACAAAAUAGAAAGGGAUAAGCUCUAUAAAACCAUGGACUCCAAGCAGUGCCUUCUGUUGACCCACAACUCACAAAAUUGGACAUUCCCUUUAACCUAGUAAAGCGAAUACGUAAAAUCGUACCAGACUCACCCACUUUUUAAUACAAUAUAUACAUACAGCUAACCAUUUUCUGGAUAAAAAAGAAA